AUGAUCACUGCUACGCUAUUGAUUCUCCUAAUUACCCGCUUGGUAAUCUCCACACCUCCUGCAUGCCUCUUGAGCUGCAUUUCUGAAGUGUCUCUGAAAUGUGAGCGUGGUUGGUCUCUGUUGUCUUGUGUUUGCAACAAAGAAGACCAAAUAGUUGGCUGUUUGAUUGAUAUUUGUCCCUUUGGAAACUUCAAUAGUGCAAGAGACCAUUUUCUCGGUACUUGCUUGGAACAUGGCAAACCAACUAUAACAAAUCCUUAUCCACCACCAGCAGUUUGGCCACCACCUGAUUAUGAGAAAAGCUUACCUAAAAUGCAUGAGCCAGUAUAUCGUCCAGAACCGACGACAAGUCGAGUAGUCAAUACUGUGCCAGGUUCAGUUCAGAAAAGUAUUGAUCAUCAUAACCCAUUUCCACGUACCGCACCUAAUCACGAACCAAUAGAUGAAUCACCAAAUCUUCAUGGCCCAAGAAGAAGACCACAACAUCAAGUGGGAGAAGCUCCACGUGAGAAUUUCCCUCAUACUCCUACAAUCCACUCACCUACACCAAAUCCAACCCCAACCCCAAGACACACACCACAAUUUAUCCCUGAUUUUGACUCAUGGUUCGACGAGUAUGAUGGCCUCAGUGAUGAUUCAUAUGAUCCUGAAAGGCCACUAGAAUGGGAAGAAAUGGAUGCAUUAGAUAGACAUGGUCGAUUUAUUGUUGUUCGUCGACCAAUAAACGUGCCUCACCAAUUGCGUGAUCCAUCAAAUGCGGGUCAGAUCAGACGUGUUGUUGUUCGAGGACAAGCCAAUCGGCCCAAGCACAAUAAAAACCUAAUCCAUGAAAGUAGGAGACUAGUUGGAAACUUGGAUCUUGAUAAAGGAUUACCUGGGUCGAUGAAUGUGAAGCCCACAAAAAUUCAAUCGUCCAUGUCAGUUGUAGUUUCCCAUCAGGAGCGACAUUCAGAUAUACCGCCAUAUUCCUCCAUGCAAAUCCAUGAGUUGAAUCACAAUCACAGUACACCAAUCAACAAGCUCGACCAAAAACGAACCAAAAAAACCAAUCGCAAAACAUCUCCCUUCUGA